AACCAAUAUUCAUACGUCAAACUAUCAUGCAAGCCUUCAGAAACCUCUUCAAGAACGACCUCGUCCUCGUAGGCACAAACCUCACCGUUGUAGCCGGCUUCGCGACAUAUCUUGGCUCUCGAGUGGAGAAGAAGUUGGAUCAUAUGGAGGAGGAGCAAGAGGCGCGAAUGGACGAGAUCGAAGGAACACUACGAGGUCACAUUGGAUUGAUCGAGGAUUCGUUGGACAGGAUCGAGGGAAAGCCAGAUGCUGGAAAGCAAGACAAAUUGUACAACCAGAGGACGAGAGACGAGAAGGGAGGUAGGAAGGGCCAGGACAAGUAGGCGGGGCGGGCUGACAAGGAUUAGCUGUUAGCUUGCGUGCCUGCAUAUCGGUGCCAGUCGUAGCUCGCUCGACCUUUGACAAAAUAC